CCCCAUUUUGAAAGCCCGGACUAUAAAACGAAACUAUCAUCUACCAGGUGUAGCGCUAGUGGAUCUAGGGUUGAAGCCAAGUCUCUGAAGCUCAAACUUUGCUGAGUUCCGUCCUUUACACGCACCAUGUCGAGAAGGAAGACUAGAGAGCCUAAGGAGGAAACUGUCACCCUUGGCCCUGCUGUUCGUGAAGGAGAGCAUGUCUUUGGUGUCGCUCACAUUUUUGCUUCGUUUAAUGACACUUUUAUUCAUGUGACCGAUCUAUCUGGUAGGGAAACACUUGUCCGCAUCACUGGUGGUAUGAAGGUGAAAGCUGAUAGAGAUGAAUCAUCGCCUUAUGCUGCCAUGCUUGCUGCACAAGACGUUUCUCAGAGAUGCAAGGAACUUGGCAUUACGGCUUUACAUAUAAAGCUUCGGGCUACUGGUGGAAAUAAAACCAAAACUCCUGGACCUGGCGCUCAAUCAGCUCUUAGAGCCCUUGCUCGUUCAGGCAUGAGAAUUGGUCGUAUAGAGGAUGUGACUCCAAUCCCGACCGACAGUACUCGAAGAAAGGGUGGCAGGAGAGGAAGAAGAUUGUGAUUCAUAGCCAUCUUCAAAAUUUUCGCGGCUCACUGUUGAGAUCCAUAGUUUUAGAUAAGGUAGAAUGUUCUCAUCUGUUAAUUCGACAGUCUGACGUUCUGGUUUCUGCUUUUUUAAUCAAGAUUUUCCCCGUUUUGAUUUGAAUUAUUGAAGUCAGAAUUAAACCUUUUUUUGCUGCACUUUAUAACUAUUAAUUAGUGUCCACGUGUGGGAUUCAUUGCA